UAUUUUGCAGCCGAAAAGUCAGUAUUUUCCGGCUUGCCGCAUGUAAUUUUUAUGUCAUCAGGCGGUCCAAUUGGCAGUUGCCGCACCGAAACAAGAAACCAGGGUCAAAACAAAGCACUCAUCAAUUAAACAGCACUCCAAUCCACCAGCCCGCCCGCUAUUCUGUUCCAUUCGGCCAGGAUCAGGACCAGGAUGUCGACCCGUCGCCAGGCGAUCACGUUAUACAGGAAUCUCCUGCGCGAAUCGGAGAAGCUGCCCUCGUACAACUUCAGAAUGUACGCUGCCCGCAAAAUACGCGACACAUUCCGCGCCAACAGGAGCACCAGGGACUACGCGGAGAUCGAUCGCCAAAUGGCCGAGGGCCAGCAGAAUCUGGAGCUGAUACGUCGCCAGGUAAUCAUCGGCCACCUGUACUCCGCUGACAAACUGGUCAUAGAGAACAAGAAGACCCUGAAGCCCUCGGACGACUGAGGGAAAUGAGGAGCGGAAAACGCGCUAGCUGAAGAGAGUACAAUAGCAGGGAAGGAGCGGUAGAAGGAGCAGGAGGCGUCUCCAGAUGAAGACAAAACUCGAAAGACUCGACCCACACACAAUACAACACACCACACCACACGCAUUGUUGAUUUUAAAUGGCACUUGCAUCCAUGAAACCAAGGAAUCAAAAUCAUUUGCUAGCAAAAAAAACACCAAUUUAAUGUUAUGUUUAACAACAAUUAUGAAAUUCUAUAUACAUACAUAUAUAUUAAUGGUAUAAAUAAGUACUAAAGUACUCCAGAAAAAAAAGAAACAUCUAA